AACAAUAAUAUUAAUUAUAGCCAAUCAAUAAUAUCAUCAUCAACAUUGUCAUCUAUUCGUGAUUCAAUACGUAUACCUGAUCUUAUUUCUUCAUCAAUCGAUAUCAUAUCAUCAAUAUCAUCAUCAACGGCAACAACAAUACCGACUGAAAACAUUAAUCAAACAAUAAUAAUCAAUAAUGAUGAUGAUGAAAAUGGACCAAGAAAUUAUGCAACAUAUGAAGAAUUGGAAUUAUUAGAUAAAAAUUGGCAAAUAAUGAUUAUAUUUUUAUAUACAUUAACUGCAGCAUUAGCAUUAUUUGGCAAUAUUCUUGCCAUUUGUGUAUUAUUAUUUGGUAAACGUUCAUCAAAAGAAUUACGAAUAUUUUUGGUCAAUUUAUCAAUGUCGGAUAUUAUGAUGGCAUUGUUUAGCAUACCAUUUACAUAUAUGGAUUUUAUGCUUGGCCGUUGGAUUUUUGCACCAGCAUUCUGUCCAAUUGUACAACAAAUGCAAAUGACUUGUGUAUUUGUUUCGGUUUAUACGCUCACUGCCAUCGGUAUCGAUCGCUAUAUGGCAAUUAUUUAUCCACUAUACUCUCAACGUUAUAAUCGUUCAUUCGGACCAGUAACCAUAUCGAUUAUUUGGUUAUUCGGUUUUCUACUUGGUUUAUUUCAAUGGAAUAACACGAAAGCAACACCAUUUCUUAUUGCCAAUGAAACAAAUUAUGAUUGUAAAGAGAUUUCUAGUGAUCAUUCACAAUUCUUUACAAUAAUUAUAUUUAUAAUAACAUUUGCCUUACCAAUGAGCAUAUUAUCAUUUACAUAUGCAUCGAUUGGUGUUAAAAUAUUUCGCCAUUCAGCACCGGGUAAUGUUGAUGUUGUACGUGAUCGUGCACAACAUGCAUCAAAAGUCAAGAUUAUGAAAAUGUUGGUUACAAUCGUAAUACUUUUUGUCGUUUGUUGGCUUCCAUUACAUAUCCUAAAUUUAUUCAUCUAUUUUGCUCGUGAUUUGAUGGUCAAUGUUUACAAUUCACAGAUUGGUUUCACAAUCUAUGUUACCAUUGCAUUUACGGCACAUUGGUUUUCGAUGGCUAAUUCGUUUGUCAAUCCAAUUAUUUAUUGUUUUAUGAGCGAAAAUUUUCGGGCUGAUCUUCGUGAUUUAUUUGCUGAAUGUUUAUAUCGAAUGAAUCUAAUAAUAAAUCCUAUUCAUAGUGAUCACCGUUGUCGUCGUCGUCAUCAUCAUCAUCAUCCUUCAUAA